CUGAAGGGGGAGGAGGGAGGGAGGAAAAGAGGAGGAGGCGGAGGAGAACUGAGCGGAGCAUCGAGCCAGAGGGGAGAUGAGUUUGUCUGUCCUCGGCUAAGGCUCCGGCCCGGCCUGGAGAACUGGGAGCUCGGGUUGGAGCGACACCCGUGGAAGUGGGAGGAGGUGGCUCUGGGACUUUAACCCCUUGUGGGCUCUGCGGCAGGGGAUUUAACCCUUUGUGGAUUCGGCCCCUCGGAGGCAGCGUCAUCGGUAGUUUUAACCCCUUCGGGGCUGGGUUUAACCCAUUGGACUUAAACCUCAUCUCCUUGCCCACCAACUCCUCCAUCGUGGGAGCGCUCGGCGGGGAGGCGUGAAGCCCACCCCUCUGAACAUUACGUACUGUGCCUGCGGCUGCACCCCCUUGGACCUGCUAGUUGGCCACGCUUGUGAGCACUUAACCCUUCAUUGACUUAAUUCCAAGUUGCGAUUGGAGUUUGCUGACAAGACGGACAAGAAGCGUCACUGCAGAAAUUACCGGCCGAAGAGGACUUUGUUGGACAUUUUCUGAAAAGAAAAAAAGCCUUUUUUUCCUUAAGCCAAAAUUUCUCAAACUUCCAGAAAAGGACUCUACUAAGCCAUGGCCGAGCCACUCUUGUCAGAACAUCAACAUCAGCCUCAAACUAGCAACUGUACAGGUGCUGCUGUUGUCCAUGAGGAGCAGAACUCUGAGCGCCCCCCAGGUGCAGAGGAACGGGUGCCCAAGGAGGACAGUAGGUGGCAAUCGAGAGCGUCCCCGCAGUUGGGUGGCUGUCCGGGCCAGGAGGGAGAAGGAGGCCUGAAGCUCCAGCCGCUCCCCUUGCAGACCAAUGACUGUACAGAAUCGAGCUGCCUGGAAAUGGGCGAGAAGGGCCAGAAUGGGGAGGACUUAUCUACUGGCGGUGCCUCCCCGUCGGUGGAGGGGGAGCCCAUGUCAGAUUCCCUUGUCCUGCCAGGUCAAGACUCGGAGGCCACCAAGUUGGGGGCUCCUGCUGCUGGAGGCGAGGAGGCAUGGGGACAGCAGAGACAGUUGGGCAAGAAAAAACAUCGGAGACGCCCGUCCAAGAAGAAGCGGCAUUGGAAGCCCUACUACAAGCUGACUUGGGAGGAGAAGAAAAAGUUCGACGAGAAGCAGAGUCUGCGAGCUUCGCGGGUUCGAGCCGAGAUGUUUGCCAAGGGCCAGCCGGUCGCGCCCUAUAACACCACGCAGUUCCUCAUGGAUGACCACGAUCAGGAGGAGCCUGACCUCAAAACCGGCCUCUACCCCAAGCGAGCAGCCGCCAAAUCCGACGACACCAGCGAUGAGGACUUUGUGGAAGAAGCUGGUGAGGAGGAUGGGGGCAGCGAUGGCAUGGGAGGGGAUGGCAGCGAGUUUCUGCAGCGGGACUUCUCGGAGACAUACGAACGGUACCAUGCAGAGAGCCUGCAGAACAUGAGCAAGCAGGAGCUCAUCAAAGAGUACCUGGAGCUGGAGAAGUGCCUCUCGCGCAAGGAGGACGAAAAUAACCGGCUGCGGCUGGAAAGCAAGCGGCUGGGCGGCGUCGACGCGCGAGUGCGGGAGCUGGAGUUGGAGCUGGACCGGCUGCGCGCCGAGAACCUCCAGCUGCUGACAGAGAACGAACUGCACCGGCAGCAGGAGCGAGCGCCGCUUUCCAAGUUCGGCGACUAGACAGAAAACUUUUGGGGGGAGGGGGCAAAAGGGGACUUUUUACAGUGCUGGAAUGUAACAUUAUAUACAUGUGUAUAUAAGACAGCGGACCUUUUUAUGACACAUAAUCAGAAGAGAAAAAUCCCCCUGGCUUUGGUUUGGUAAAUUUAGCUAUGAUGUUGCUUGUGUGCUUUCUCCUGUUCUUUAAUUAUGUGAAACUGAAGGGUUGCUUUUCUUGUUUUCCUCCUUAGAUGUUGUUUCUUAAUGUGCAAGUAAUUUGACCAAAUUAUAAUGCAUUUUUCUGUUUUUAAAAAAAAUCCCCUCCUUAAGCGGAGCUAUGAGGUGGCCAAAUCUGAGACCCAUUACAUUCAUUCUAGUUAUAAUAAAUUUAAUGUUUGUAAAUGUAA